CACACAUUGGCCGUCAGAAGGAGCAGACCUGACAGCUUUCAGCGUAAUAGCUGCUUGGAUACGUCAGGUUUUCAACAAGGAAUUAUGGACUCCGGAGGUCCAAACCCAGAGAACGUUGCAAUACAUAAAGUAUCUGCUGAUGCUGAUACUUUUGAAGGAAAAGUGACAUCUAAUAGCAGAGAAUCAGUUGCUCUCAGUGUUCCUGGCACCAGCGGAAAAGUGAUGUCUGAUAGCAGAGAACCCGUUGAUCUCAGUGUUCCUGGCACCAGCACAAAAAAAAAGCAGAAACAAUCAGGUUUUAAGAAGCUUACUGAAAUCAUAGCUAGACUCUCUAAAGAUGUCAUACAUCAAAAAUCUAUGUAUGCAAGUCUUCUUAAUGAUUAUGUAGAAUCGGAUGUUUUUGUCAUUGAUGGAGAUUCCCUAUUAUUAUCCUGUGCUUUGGAUAAAUCCCUGAAGAAAGGACAGAGUUUGCAUUUCUUCUUCUUGGUGGAACGUUUCUUGCUUAAUUUUACAGACAAAGGAGCAAGAUAUGUUGUUGUCUUCUUCCAGGACAUGGAACCAACAUAUUCCCAAUAUCCUGAGAUAAAGUCCUGGCGUACUCAGUUGAUAAUUCAUCUGGAGAAAAAUGCGAACACAACCGUAUACUUAUUCUCAAACUUUCACUCUUCGCAAUGGAAAUCUUUUCUCAGAGACCAGUCUCCUUACUUUUUAAUGGUUUCUGAUAAAGGAAUGAAUCCUCAGCAAACAUAUUUUUUAAAUCUGCUAAUGUUAGAUUCUCUGGGAAACAACCUUGAUGUUGUGCUUACUGCUGGACAGGAGUCUGAUCACCUCAGGGUUUAUGGAUACCACAUCAUAUCUUCACUUAAAACCAAGACAAUGAUAACGGAAAUGUUUAACUCAGCUCCAAAAGCAAUCAUUAGGUUUCAGCGACAUAACUCAUCCAACCCUCUCUCUGAACUUCUGAAGAAGAUGGACUGGAAGGAGCAGGUGCAGAAAAGCAUUUCCCUUCUUCCUACACAUCUUAAAGAUGCCCGGGCAAUCACUUGUGUUGUUGCAUGUUCAAUGGCGCUGAGAAUACAUGCUGAACCUAAACCCAUACAGGAUGACAACAUGCGCCUGACAUUGGAAGAAGCAAGUGACUUGUGCAAAAUGCAAUGUCUGUGUGUGGCGCUAAUGAUCACUUUGCCACUUUCACAGCGAGCAAGAAUAAGAAGGCUAAAUGCAAAAUGGAACGGAAUUGCCUCCUCAUUUAUUUCCGCAUACACUUCAUGUGAAGAAUAUGCUUUAACUCAGAUGAGAGAUCACAUCAAGAAUAUUAUAGUUGACUGGACCUAUGUCUCUGACAUAAGUGAUGGUUUACUGCUGAAAAACAUUGCAUAUUACUGUGAAAAAGAGCACUACACUGAAUGUAAACUGGAAUUUGGUAACGAAAUAAAUCAAUUAUAUCAAUGUCUCUGGGAGACUGUAUUGAAUUUAGUCCCUGAAAGUGAACAUUUGCUGUGCUAUGAACUCCGAAAGACAUCAAAACCUUUUCUUUCACAUGACUCUUCUGUACAAGUUGAAAGGAAAGAAUUUCUACCUGUUGGGUUGAUACCACUCCGAUCUGAUGUCAUUGAUGAUUAUGCUGGAGAUAUGAUAAAGGAACUACCAGUAUUAAACAGUGAAGACCCACGUAUUCCCUCCUUGAUGGACACAAAAACAUAUGAUGAACUUUUGCACUGGCAUACAGACCGUCCACUAAGUGAUGACUAUGACAGAACCAAAUGUGAUCAAGAAGACAUAAGAAAGGAUAAGUAUUCACAACGUAACUAUCAAAAACUACAGACUUUUCAAUAUCGGUAUGGACAAUCUUUAGGUGUGAAAACUCCUAAGAAGAUUGUAUUGCAGGAAGAUCAACCAGAAGUGAAAAGUUCUACUCAUGUGACUGUUGUAAGGAAAAAGGAGCCCCAGAAGAAAAAAAAAGAUCAAAUAAUAGAAGAAAAUCAAAAGAAGAGCAAAGCUGAAGAAGAGAAAAAGGAGCAGGUAAAAUGGAAGAAUAAGGUUGCAUCUUUGGAAAAAGAAAUUAUGGCAGAUUUCUUCUCUGGAUUGCAAAACUUUGAAAACUUAAUCAAAUCUUUCCGGACACCAAAUGUGAGAUACCAAGCACAGUUAAAAGCAUUAGCAAUCUGCUUUGAUAAAUGGACAGAAGAGUGCAAAAUGAAAUCUAAAGAUGAAAGAGACAUAAAGAUUGUUGUGGAGAUAAUGAAAAUCAUUCAGGAUAUCAUGGACAGUAACCAGGACUUAUUCAAAAAGGAAGAUCAAUACCGGAUAGCUGGUUAUCUCAGCAAACUUGGCUUUGACAACCUUGCCUGUUCACUGAGGCCAGACAAGUUACACGACUAUAAGGAAGAGGGGACAGAAAGGAAAUAUGCAGUUGGAGUUGGCUCAACUCGUUUCCAACUCCAGUAUAUGGGACCGCAUUUGCUGAGGGAAGAGAGAAGUGAUCCAGAUCCAAGAGUGCAACACUUCAUUCCAGACACAUGGCAGAGAGAACUUCUUGAUGCUGUUGACAACAAUGAAUCUGCAGUCAUAGUGGCCCCAACAUCUUCAGGAAAAACGUAUGCAUCUUAUUAUUGCAUGGAGAAAGUUUUGUCACAAAGCAAUGAAGCAGUUGUAGUUUAUGUUGCUCCCACUAAGGCUCUUGUAAAUCAAGUUGUAGCGACUGUUAUUAGUCAGUUCAAUAAAGAUCUACCAGGUGGAAUAGUUUUGUGUGGAGUUUUCACUCGUGAUUAUCGCACAGAUGCUUUAAACAGCCAGGUGCUGGUCACUGUGCCACAAUGUUUGGAAAUUCUCCUGUUGGCUCCACAUCGACAAGAAUGGGUGAAAAGAAUCAAAUAUGUUAUAUUGGAUGAGGUGCAUUGCUUAGGAGGAGAAAUUGGAGCAGAAACCUGGGACCACAUACUAUCCAUGAUUCGGUGUCCAUUCCUGGCCUUGUCUGCAACCAUCAGUAAUCCAGAACACUUAACCGAGUGGCUACAAUCAGUCCAAAAAUAUUGGCAGCACAAUGAUGAUAGAAAAAUGAGUCAUAUGUCUGAAUCCUCACACAAAGGGUCAAAGAAAAAGACAGCAAAAACCGAAAGAAGAUCUUACAAUGUUCGACUAGUUCAGUACAAUAAACGAUACAAUGAUCUGGAGAAAUAUAUAUGUUCUGAGAAAGACUCCAACCUUAACUUUGAACACUACCAUCCCUGCGCGUCCUUGACAAUAGAUCAUAUGAAGAACUGUGGAAUUCCAAAGGAUCUUACAUUCUCUCCAAGGGAAAGCAUACAGCUGUAUGAUUGCAUGGCAGCUGCAUGGCCACAAAUGGCAAAUUUAAAGAAAUUAGAUCCUGAGGAAAACAUACAUUUGAAGGACAAGAUAACUAUAACAAAAAAUGAUGCAACUGAUUAUGAAGAGGAGCUGAAAAAAGAAUUUGUGGACUGGGUGCAAAAAGGACAUGAUGAACAGGUUGCAAAAGUGCUGGAAAGCCUUAAACCUAUGGAGCCAUCUGAGGUUGAAUGCAAGAAAUAUUUUCCUCAGCUUGUUGAAAAACUAGACAAAAUGAACAAGCUACCUGCUAUAUUUUUUGCAUUUAAACUUAAUUUAGUAGAAGGUUUAGCAGAAAUGGUCUAUGAGCAUCUAAGUGAAAAGUGGGAAAUGAAACAGACUGAGGAGGAGAAGAAGAAUAUCCAGAAACUUGAAGCAAGAGCAGAAAAAUUACAAAAAAGUAUUCAGGGAACACAAACAGAAACAAGUAUUUCAAGAUCACCAAGUAAAAAUGAAGAACUGAUGAUCAAACAAGCCGAGUAUGACAGUUUAAUUAAAAAGAUUGAAAAGUUUAAAGAAAUACCAUCUGAUUGUACUUAUGCUGAUGUCAAAGCUGUGGAUGAGAAGACAUUACUGCAAAUGUAUGAGAGAACAAGAAGAUAUUCAGCAAGACACGGCGAUCUUAUACCUUUUACACGUAAAGGAAUUGGUUAUCACCAUGGCUCAGUGGAUGCAAAAGGAAGGCAACUUGUUGAGAUGCUGUUCAGGAUGGGUUACGUAAGAGUUGUAACUUCUACCAGUUCACUUGCUUUGGGAAUUAACAUGCCAUGUAAAUCAGUGGUUUUCAUACAAGAUUCUUUGUAUCUAGAUGCACUGAACUACAGACAAAUGGCAGGAAGAGCUGGAAGAAGAGGCCAUGACCUGCUGGGGAAUGUCUAUUUUUUCAACAUCCCCAUGCCUAAGGUGAAAAAGCUCUUGAAGUCCAAUGUUCCUCAGUUGAGAGGACAGUUUCCUCUAAGUGUUUCCUUCAUUCUCAGAUUAAUGUUACUAGCCACCAAAGCAGAUGACAAAAAGGAUGCGAAGGCCAAGGUUCUAUCAAUUUUGAUGCACCCACUUAUGUCAUUCAAACGACCCCAAGAAGCACAGGUGUUAAAGCUGUACUGCAUAUUCUCACUGCAAUUCCUUCUCUAUGAGGGAUUCCUGAAUCAGGAUUGUGAGCCUACUGCAUUCACAGGACUUGUUACUCACCUACAUUACCAUGAACCAUCAAAUUUUGUGUUUGUCCGCUUUCUAGAAAAAGGCUUGUUUCAUAAACUGUGCAUACCAAGCUUGAAAGAUUCUACCAAAUUUCCUGACUCUGUAAUGGAAACCCUUGUGCUGAUAUUAGCAAACCUGUUUGGAAGACGCUACUUACCACGCUGCAGAUUUCCAGGGGAAGAUAUAUUUGACCAGUCAAAGGUCUUUCUUGAAAAACUUCCAAAAGAUUUUGCUUCUGUUGUCAACGAACACAACCAGAAAGUUGCCACUGUAUUUGGACAUUGUAUCCUUGCAGGUUCCAAAGUGGCAGAUAUGGAAAAGGAGCUCCAGUUACCACUUUCAAAAACCAAUUUUUCAGGUAAAGAGUGUUUGAAUUCUGGAUUGGUGGAUCACUUGAUGUCGUGUUAUGAAGGAAUAAGUGGUAUCACUCCGUUUGCAUGUCUCUCAGGAAACACAGAUAAUGACUUGAUGAGUAUGAAAAACCUGAGCAGUCUGAUGAUGCAAACGGCGCACAUUCCCGAGAGAUAUAUUCCACUGUUGCCCUUUGAAAAAACGGAUAUGUUCGGACGAAAACGAUACCUUAACGCCUAUGCCCUGGAUUUCUUCAAACACGGCAGCUUGGAUGCCAUUGUUGAGGAUAAUGGGUUUAAUCCUGGAGAUGCAUAUUAUGUAUUGAGGGACUUCUACCUUACCAUUGCAGCUAUAAGUGUUGCUUUGAACGAAUUAUGCGAAUCGGACCCAGUUGCAUUGGCCUUUGAACAACUGAAAACGAUGUAUGAGGAAAAACUACGUGUAGUAUAACAAGUCCUCCUCAGAGCACCAUGACAACAUUCAAGCUAUUUUACUAUACCGUAACUGUGGAAAUCUAUAGCUGCACCAUUAAAAUAGUUGCAUUUGGGUAGUGAAAUUUUGAUAUAUACGCAGUUUUUUUCAGCUCUGUUCACAUUAGCUGUGGACUGGUGAUCAGACUGGAUAUGACAUGACCUGGUGUCCAUAAUGGAAAGGUUCAAAAUGUAUACAAAUUAUAUUGCUGGUGAGUUAGCAUUUCCAUACACCAAAAGAAAAAGCCAGUGCUUGAUAAUAUUAUGGUAGAUUAAUUAUUAAAAUUAAUGAAGCAUUUGGGGAAUAUUACUAGGAGCUGUAUAGACUGGGCAUGCGCUGCUCUUAUUAGGAAUGCAGCGCGUGUGCAGUUAGAAUAAAGCUGUGGAAAAGCCUUCUCUAAAGCUCUUCCAUGUCGCGUGCUGCCAUUGACGAACUGGCUGCACACAGAGUGGGGCUGAGCUCAUUAUAAAAACAUUACCAUUCGGAUUUUUUUUUUUUAUAAAGUAUAUUAGGAAACUCUUUUUUACCCUACCUCCCACUAUAUAGUGGAAAGUACUUCUAUAUAGUGGCCAACCCCUUUAAUCCAAGACCAGAGUGGCUUUAUCCCUGGGCGAUUGAUAUACUCUGUUAGGAGACUUAUGAAUAUAGAAGGAAAUAAAAGUAUAGAUCCUAAAAGGGCAAUACGGUCGUUGGAUGCAACCAAAGCAUUUGAUUGCAUGGAGUGGGAACACUUGUGGGAGGUCCUCAAACGUUUUGGGUUUGGGGAUUCUUUUAUAAGUUAGAUUAAGCUUAUUUACUCACAUCCCAGAGAGAGAGAGUAACAGUGGAAGGGGUUUUGUCCCUGCCCUUUGCCCUUUUUAGGGGCACUAGGCAGGGAUGUCCUCUCUCUGUUGCUCUUUGCAACUGCAAUAGUGCCUUCAUAAGAGAGAAUGAUAGUAUUAGGGGAAUUCAAUAUGGUAAUGUAAGGAAGAAAAUAAGUUACGCAGAUGAUAUUUUAUGGUUUUUGGCUGACAUGGAUUUAGAAUUAGCCAGAGUAAGAGACACAAUUGGUGAAUUUGGAUACUAUUCUGGUUUGAAAGUAAGCUGGGGAAAGUCACACUUGAUGUUACUGGGGGAUAGGGAACAAGAUGGUGUCUUGAUGUACAUGUUGUGGGUAGUGAUAGUAGUUUUAAAUAACUGGGAAUAAAUAUUGCAAAGAGUUUAUCCGGAUAUAUUAAGUUAAAUGGGAUUCCUCUUAUUGAGGAGUUGAAAAGAAAAAUUCAUAUUUGGAGAAGAAGAUUACCAAUGUUAAUGACAAGACAGGUUAAUCUAAUAAAGAUAAUCUUUCUCCUGAAGAUUAUUUAUGUAUUACAGUGUGCGCCGGUCUGGUUGCCAUUUAGGAUUUUUUAUAUAUUUGAUAAGAUAAUGAGGGAAUUUAUUUGGAAAGGAGGUAGUCCUAGAAUAAGGAAGGCAAUUGCAGGAUUUCCUAUCAAAGAAGGGGGAAUGGCAAUAUUUAACUGGCAUUUUUAUUUUUUGGUGGCACAGUUUGGGUAUAUGAAUGGACAUAUAUGUAACACCUUUUUUGAGAUGGUAUUUGGGGUAAAAAGAUACCUGAUUGUAGAAAGGAUAGGAUAGGAUGGGGAGAGAAAACAAAACACACGGAGUGAGGGGAUGUCCCGGCUUUCACAGAAGCCCAGGAAGGACCUCCAGGACCUAAUAGAUCCUGGGCGAUGCAGGCUUCCUGGCCUGGAUCAUAGUGCGGACGACAUCAGAAAACUCCCUCCAUGUCAGAAUGGCGGUUUCAAUAGCCACACCGUCAACCAAAGACUCUAAAUGCUGAUGUAAAACUGGACCCUGUGAAGAAGGUCAACUGAGUGUCAGUGACCAAGGGACGUCUCCUAGAAGGAGAACGAGGUUGGCAUACCACGCGCGACAGGUCCAAUCCGAAGCAACUAGAAUUCAUUGGAAUGCCCUCGAUCUUCCGUAGAAACCUGGGUAGGAGGGAGGGGGGGGGAAGAAAAAAAAACACAAAAAAAACACAAAAAAAAAAAACACCACACACUUAAGGAGGGAGACCUCCCUUUAAAAGGAGAUAUCAGGGUGUCCACGCCAAAUGCUUCUGGAACUCUUGCACGGGAGAGAAAGGUGGGAAGCUUUCAUGAAAACUCUACCUGGAAGGGCGCUGAGCAGGAGCAACUGCCAAAGCUAGUGAUAGGAGGAGGGGGGGGGGGGGGGGGGAUGACCCACUGCAGCGACUACGAACUCAAGCAUUAGCAAAAAAGGCCGCACCUGUGGAGAGUGCCAGCAUAACCACUUUCACAAGGAGGAGUGGUGGAUAGAGAAUAAAGAGUCAGUGAAACACAAGUCGCUGGAACGUACUCACCAAAUAUGUGCAAUGGUGCACGCACUACGCAUUGAUGCAGACAAUAUCAUGACAAAGGAAUGGUGGAGGCCCAUGGAGAUGAGGGGUCUUUGGGACAUAUAAGUGACUAGGCAUCCCCCUGGAAAGAGAGGAUGAGCAUGUUUAAAACCACGCCAAAAGGAAGGAAGGAAUGAAUGGCCACCGUAUCAACUGGCGGCACCAGUAUACCACUAGAGUAAAAGUACAGACUGUUGCCACGCCCUCAUGUGAAAGCAAAGGCACCUGGAGACAUGGCAUAGUUGAGUUGCAACCAAGAUGUUUAGUUAUUCCCCGCUAGUGGAUCACUUGCGGAAGGGGAUAAUGCAACAGGAAGCAUGGUAAAGUACAACACUCUGCCUAUGGAAAGGGAUAGCGCGACAGUCGGGACCGUAUACAGUUGUAGUGCAAUUACUCUACCUGUGAAAGAUGGAAUGCAUACGGCAAGUACUUAAGCCAGUGGUAGGGAAAAUACCCCCCCCCCCCUUCCUUAGACUGACCCUCUCCGGGGAGGGAGGGUGCAUCUGAAAGAUGUCCUGCUGUGGGCCACUUGCACGUAAGUCUACCCCUCAGAAUCUCGCCCCUGGCAUUAGCGGACUGCGCAGUUGGGGACUUCUCAACCAAAAUACCCAGGGGGUGAAGUGGGAACUUCUAGAGGCCCGUCUACCAGAUUGCAUUAUCAACCAAACAACCCUGGAGGGAGGAUUGGGAAGCUCCAGAGGACUUCCACUGGAUUGCGCAGGUGGAGAAUUAUCAACCAAACGAUCCGGGAGGUGGGAUUGGGAAUUCUUCAGAUCAACCAACCGACCCAGAGGGGUGGAUUGGGAAAUGUCAGAGGUCCUCUAUUGAAUUGGGCAGGCAGAGAAUUAUCAACAAAACGACUCAGGAGGGUGGAUUGGCAAUGUCAGAGGUCCUUCUUUGAUUGCGCAGGUGGAGGAUUGUCAGCCAACGGCCCCGGAGGGCGUAUAGGGAAUCCUUCAGGGUUCCCUGUAUUACGCAGGUGUUUGCAGAAGUAUCAACCAAGUGGCCGUGAAGGGCGGAUAGGGACUAUGAGAGGUUCUCCUGUGACCGGGACAGGGUACGGGCCCAGUCUGGUACCACAGUUAUGCAUAACCACUUUCCCAGAAUGUGUGCUGAGGGCCCGUAUUAAAUGCUUCUUUCUUUUUCUUAAUAAUACUGGAGAAAAGUAUGAAGGGUUACUUCUUGAGUAACUGCACUGUUUUCUAACUCCUUGAAGACCCAGCGCCAGCCAAAAGAAAUGGCCGGCCAGGAAGGGUUAAAAGUGCAGAGACCAGGGACGGAGCUCAACUAGCUUCUGGGGAAGAGGGAACAGCUAGGUGGGAAGAAUUUGUGCCAGCUUGCGCCCAUCAUCGGGGGUGCCUGCCACCGGGAGGAAACAGACACUGCCGCUGGAUGCAGAUCAGUCAGAGGUAGUCACCCCCGUAGCCGGAGUCCCCCAUGUGGUAAAGGAGCUAUGCGGCGCAUGAGGUGUCCGCCGUUAACCCUGUCGGAGCAGCACGCUUGGCGCCCGCUCCCGACAGGGGCGGAAUAUGGAGCUGGAUAGCAGGAGCACCUGCAGUCCUCUCUCUCCCGCCGAUUUAGUAGUAGUUUGCCAUAUUAACCAUCUGUCGGCCUAGAGGGAGAGUGAGAAGGACUGUUUUAGGGGUCUUUGACUGCCCUCCAUCCCAUGAUAAUAAAGGCCCCUGGCAGCUUUGUGCCUUGCUGUGUCCCCCUCAGUUAACCGUUGAGGGCACCAGGAGAGAACUAUGCCAAGAGGGAGGGGGAAGAGGUUAAUACUUACCUAGUCCCAUGUACUCACCUCAUCUUCUGUCCUGCCGCCAUCUUUACCCUUCCUCUUCUCCAGCAGGGUCACCCCUUCAGCUACUGGCACCGUAGUGGCAGGACACUGGAAAGGGGGCUUGAAUGAGUGACCCUUCUGCUGGCGGGAUGCAGGAGAGAGGCUGCCCUGGUCCACCUAGUCUUCUUGCGGGGGAGGAGGCGUGGCGGACCAACGCUGGCGUGCUCCCCCGGAAGAACAGGGAGGCUAGGCGACCACUGUUUCCCACCUGAAAGAAGGAAAAAUAAAAUCUCCCGGAGCUACCCUGCAGAGCAGCAAGGUCUUGCCUCCUAUUGACACUAGAAAUAACUGAAGCUCUCUCUCUCCAGGCUGGAGGGGGUAUAGCUGCCAGGGGAGGAGCUAACAGCUUUUACUAGUGUCAACACCUCCUA